GCGAUAUUUAAUUAGUAAUAGACAAUAUGGCGCGAUUGGGGCUACUUCUGCUUGCUUUUGGACUUGCCGCUGUCAAUGCGCUCCCAGCUCUGGACCUCGUCAUCUCCAAACUAGAUGAGGAGGGUCCUCGCUACCAGCACAUCGCUGAUGGAGACGGCAACCUGCACCUGGCUGACACCUGGGUGACAGCCCGAGAUGUCGCCGUCAACCGCUUCGACCCUGAGAGGCAGAUUGUCUACCAUCUGUUCACCAGAGGAAACCCGACCGUCAGCCAGCCUCUGCUGAUGGGCAGCGAGGGUCUGCUCGGGCUCACUAACUACAACCCUGGCAGGAGGACCAUCAUCCUCCUCCAUGGGUGGAGGGUCGGAGCUACAGCUGCCAUGAACACCCUGCUUGUGCCCGCUUUCCUCUCUGCUGAGGAUGUCAACGUAAUCGUGGUUGACUGGAGCGCUGGCUCCGGCAAUAUUAACUACGCCAUUGCGGUCACCAACACCCUUAUUGCUGCUGAAAGCAUCGCGCGCUUCAUCAACUGGCUGAACCAAGCCACUGGGGCUGUCCCGGGACACUACCACAUUGUGGGACACAGUCUGGGAGCCCACCAGGCCGGUAUGAUCGGCAGGAAUGUGAAUGGGGACAUCGCUUACAUUACUGCUCUGGAAGCCGCUCUCCUCGGCUUCCUCACCAACGACGACAAGUUCCGAGAAACCGACGGCGCCUACACCGAGGUCAUCCACACCAGCUCUGGGCUGGUCGGCUUUGCGACUCCGCUGGGACACGUGGACUUCUACCCCAACGGUGGUAUUGACAUGCCUGGAUGCGACUCGCCUGACUGCGACCAUGCUAGGUCCUACUACUACAUGGCCGAGUCCCUCACCACCGGAGGGUUCACUGGUCGCCGAUGUCUGACGCUGACUGCUGCUCUCACCGGCAACUGCAUCAUGCCCGGCACUUUGAGGAUGGGUGGCCUGGUGCCUAAGACUGGAACUACUGGAAUAUUCCACUUGGAAACCAACGCUGCACCUCCGUUCUCCAGGGGUUAAGAGGAUAUAAGAAAGAUAAAGACCCAUAGAAUAAAGCCUACCUACUUAUUGUGUCAUAUAAAGCACCUAAAUAAUACCAAACGAAAACAAAAUGAAAUGUUAUGUUAGCUACAAUCAUAUAAAAUUAACCACUCCCUUUUUUAUGUAUUUUACGUAUUUUUAAGCUAUGAUUUGUAAUCUAAUAUACUAUAAAUAAAUAAAAUAUAAAAUAGCCGUAUUCACAUGCACAUCAUUAAAUAAUUUUGUACAAAAUAA